UUCCAAGUUCCAACCCUACACAAACCCCUUCACUUUCGUUUGCUUCAUGUGCAAAACAAAACUGUGAGCAUCCUCUGUUCACACCUGCUCUGAAUUGGAGCAUUAAAACCAUUUUCCUGCUUGUUUCCUCCACCUGUUCAACACCCCCAAAUCAACAUAUCAAUUUCACCAUUCCCACCUUCAAUCAUACCGAAUUCACCUUCAAGAAACACCAAUUAUGUCACACACUUCCAAAAUCUUCUCAUUCUCGAAGAAAGCUACAACCUUUCGGCACUUCUCCCACAUGGGUAUCCUCAAAACUUCAAGAAACUCCCUUAAAGACGGUUUGGAACUGGAGAACAGUAUCUAUGCAAUUCUAACAAUCAACAGAUGGGAAUCUUUAAACCAAAUGAAUUACAAAAGGGUUUCACUCAGGCAAGUUCAUGGAAGACUAGCUUUAAAGUUUCUUAAUUGGGUAAUCAAGCAACCCCCUUUUCAAGAAUUGAAAAAUCUUACUUACAUAUACUGUAUAACUGUUCAUAUAUUAGUGAAAUCAAGGAUGCAUGCUUCUGCUAAAUCGAUUUUAACCCGUUUAUCCGACAUGGGUAUUGGUCCAAACUCCAUUUUUUCGGUUUUGAUGGAGACGUACCCGCUUUGUAAAUCGAAUCCCGCUGUUUUCGACCUUUUGAUUAGGGUUUACUUGCGAGAAUCUUCGGUUAAAAGUGGUUUGGAGAUUUUUCGUUUGAUGGGGAUUCGAGGGUUUAACCCGUCGGUUUAUACUUGCAACAUGAUUUUAUCCGCAAUGGGCAAAGAAGAUUAUACGAAAGCUUGGUUGUUUUUUAAAGAAAUGCUUUCGUUGAACGUAUGCCCGAAUGUUGCUACUUUUAAUAUACUUGUCGAUCUUCUUUGCGUUAAUGGGAACUUUAAGAAAGCUCGGCAUCUUGUUCGGAAAAUGGAAGAAAGCGGUUGUGUACCGAAUUUAGUUACUUACAAUACGUUGCUUAAGUGGUAUUUCAAAAAGGGAAGAUAUAAGGCGGCGUUAGAGUUGAUUGAUCACAUGGGUCACAAGGGACUUGAGGCGGAUGUAUGUACAUAUAACAUGUUGAUCGAAAAUUUAUGUAAAAAUAAUAGGAGUGCGAAAGGUUAUUUGUUGUUGAAAAAAAUGAGAAAAAAACCGCUUUUCCCAAAUGAGGUCACUUAUAAUACUCUCAUAAAAGGGUUUGUUAAGGAAGGUAAAUUGAGGGUUGCGGUUUAUGUUUUCAACGAAAUGUUAAACUUUAAAAUCUCCCCAAAUAUUGUAACGUAUAACUCUUUGAUCGAUGGUUAUUGUCGAGAAAAUAGUUUCAAAGAAGCUACGGAACUUUUGAAUGAAAUGGAAGCAAGGGGAUUAAGGCCUAACGAAGUUAGUUAUGGAGUUAUUUUGAAUGGAUUAUGUAAACUCGGAGAGUUAGAUCUAGCUUAUAGUCUUUUAGAAAGCAUGAGAAUGAACGGAAUUGUCGUUGACCGUAUUUCAUAUACGAUGUUGGUCAAGGGGUUUAUCGAAAGUAGAAGGUUUAGAGAAGGUGUGCAAGUUCUUGAUAAAAUGAUCCAACACGGUAUCGAUGCGGAUGUCGUUACGUAUGCGGUACUCAUAAAUGGAUUUUGUAGAGACGGGAAGUUUAGAACCGCAAAGGAGUUGAUGAGUAAAAUGUAUAAAUCGGGCGUGACACCGAACAAAGUGAUGUAUUCGACGUUGGUUUAUGAUUAUUGCAGCCAUGGAAUGGUAAACGAAGCGAUGCAAAUUUAUAAGAUUAUGAGUUUUACUGGCGUUGACCCGGAUCUUUUCUUGUGUAAUACGUUAGUUGACUCGCUUUGUAAAAGUCAAAGGGUCGAAGAGGCAGUGGAGUUCUUGAAACACAUGGGUAGAAUUGGUGUUUUCCCUAAUACCUCAACUUUCAACUUCAUUAUUAACCGCUAUGUACGUAUCGGAAACGGGUUAAAAGCGUUUGACUUUUUUGAGGAAAUGGUCAAACUUGGUCAACACCCUAGUUCUCAUACAUACGGAAGUUUACUAAAAGCACUUUUUUACGGUGGGAAUUUUGAAGAGGCGAGAAAAUUCUUGAAUGAUAUUCGAUCUAUUCCAUAUGCGUUAGAUGCGGUUUCUUACAAUAUGUUAAUGGCAGAAGCUUGUAAAUCCGACAACUUACAAGCUGCGGUUUUCUUAUUGAAAGACAUGGUCCGUAACAAUGUGAUUCCCGAUAGUCAUACAUAUACAUGUCUACUUGGCAGUUUGUGUAAGAAGGGUAAAAUGGUCAUUUCCAUUCUUCUUUCGGAAAAAUGGAUGGAGAAAGGUGCUCUUUUGCCGAACGUGGUAACGUACACGUGCUUAAUCGAUGGACUUUUUAAAGCUGGCCAACAAAAGACCGCUGCUUUUUACCAUCGAAAGAUGAUGUCAGAGGGUCUGUCUGCCGAUACGGUUCUACUCAAUGUACUUAUGGAUGGUUAUUCGAGAAUGGGAAACAUGUCUAUGGUUUACGGUUUAUUUUCUAGUAUGAAAGAUGGACGUUUGUCACCUAAUUUGGCGACAUACAACAUUCUCUUACAUGGGUACGCAAAACAGGGUGAUAUAUCAAGAUGCUUUGAAGUAUACGGUGCCCUUUUGAGAAACGGUUUUGUUCCCGAUAAAAGAACAUGUCAUGCACUACUUUAUGGAAUUUGUAAGGCGGGUAUGCUUGAUUUCGCUUCGAAAAUGUUGAAAAACAUGAUCUUGAAAGGCGUGCCUCCUGAUAAGUACACACUUGAUAUGAUAAUCUUGAAAUGCAGCGAAAAACGUCAGAUUGUGAAAGCUUUUGAAUUUUUGGAUAUUUUGAACGUGUUAAGAGUUUCGCCCGAUCAAGAUACGUUUAAUAUCAUUCUUAAAGGAAUUAAAGAAACGUAUGGUUGCCGGCCGUCGAUUAUGUUUCUCAAUGAGAUGUUGGAAAAAGGUUUUAUUCCUAGUGAAAAACAAGUUGUUCGGUUAAUUACUGAUAUGUGUAAAGCGGGAGACGUUAAAGGGGCAAAUAAGCUAAAAAAUGAAGUUAAAUCGUUUGGUAUGAUAUCAAGUAAUGUAGCCGAAAGUGCCAUGGUUCGUGGGCUUGCACAAAAAGGAAAACUUGAAGAAGCCCUUUUGGUUCUUGAUUGUAUGCUUAGAGGAAAACUCGUUCCGACAACCGCUACCUUUACAACGUUAAUUCAUUCUUUUUGCAAAAAACGCGAGUUUAAAGAGGCGUUGAAGUUAAAACACGUUAUGGAAAUCCAUAACGUUAGAAUUGAUGUUGUGACGUACAAUGUUUUAAUAACCGGUUUUUGUGAAAGUGGUGAUCCGGUCGAAGCGUUGAAGCAAUACAAAGAAAUGAAGGAAAGAGGCAUUUGUCCAACGGUCAACACGUUUUGUGUUAUAAUGGAGUCUUUUUGCGAUAAAAAUGAUUUCCCAGACGGGAAAAUGAUUUUAAAUGAUUUAUGUGAAAGGGGUUUGCUAUCCGAAGACGAGGUCACUCAAGAUACGGCGAAUAGUUUUAUCGUUGCGUUGAAGAAGUUGAACGUUUUAAAGCACAAAAAGAAUAGAACCUGUUUCAGAAACGGUUGAUCAGAUCCACGGGCUUGCCUAAACCUUCAAUGUUAAAGGCUCGUGAUUGUGGACAGUUUUGGAGCUACUCGAGACUUCUCUACCUCAUGGAAUACGUCGAAGAAAUGGACAAGAAAGUGUUCCAAGGUGAACCGAAAUCUGUCCUGGCCCGUUUCAACCCGAUCCAUUUGACAUUUUAUCCAACUCGAGAUUCUGCAAUGCAUAGUGAAUUUUAACAACGUUCACAAUGAUCGUCGGGUUGUCCUUUACUUGAACGACUGUGACUGUGGAGAGAAACGUUGUGUUGAUAAGGCUGGCGGCGAUUAAGGUUAAAAAUCAUUUGCGAAAAGUCAGCCUCAAGGACGUGGCUGCGGAAUUUCUGAUGAGAGUAUUUUCUUCUUGUAAAUGGCUAUAUUUAAAGAAAUUUGAUGAUUUUUGCAAUAA